GCAAGGAUUACGCGGAGAAAUCCUCAGCCCGCCGCCAGCUCCCUCUUCCUGGCUCGUGUGGAUGGGGGUUUUUUGAGCCCUGAGUGACAGCUCCCCCGAAGCGAUAAUUGGUGUACUGUAUCUUUAAAAGGUUAAAACCCUUUUCAAAAAGGCCUAGACUCAUAGUGGGAAAAGACAAGAGAGGCUUUGGCUGGCUCUGGAUCCACAAAACAGCUGCUGAUUAGAUUCUGCGUCUUCAGGCUGAAUUUAUUACAGAUUUUUCAGCAGCAGGGAUUCUAGGAGGAAGCUUCCGUUUGGGUUUCUUGACCAUGGUUUAUUUUUAUUCAGAGGAAUAACAGAGGAAGGAUUUGUUCCGGCUGGAGCAUGCUCACAACCUGCAAGAUCUCCCAUUAUUAAACUGCCUACUUUGGGGCUUUAAUGUGCUAAGGAAAGAAUGCAAAUAGCAUUGGUUGCUCAGAACACUUCAUAAAGAAGGCAACAGUCCCCCAGCCAAACCAGUACAGAAUCUGCCUGGCAUCAGACAGCAAAGGUUCCCGUUCAGCGACCACAACAUUAAUGCCUGGGUAUUAACUGCAGCUUCAAAGAAAUAAAUCGGUAGCUGCAGCUCACAGGUUGAUCCAGCCUUUCCACGCCUUGGGGAGCACUGGGCCAUUUCAUUGGUGCUGUAAGCUACAUGCCGACUGAAUUAAACCCUGGGCAAAAAAAGGAAGCACCCUGUCAACAAUACAGAAAAUCUGUUCCACUAAAUGUGGGGAAUACUUUUCCGAGACCUUUGAACUCAGUAGUGGAAGAGCAGGAAGACACAGGGAACACACACCAUUCAGUAUUAUUUUACUUGCAAAGGAAAACGAUGAUUAUGAGAUGAGCACUAAAGUCUCAAGUUUUCAAAAGUUUGCAUAACAAACAAGAGACACAUUGUGGGUUGCUUCCUGACUUUGAAGGCUUGCCACUGUCAACUGAAAUAAAAUGGCAAGAUUUAAAGCCUUAACCAAGUUCACAAGGAAAACAUUCGGACUAAAAGUUUUGGAAAGUUUUCUCUCUUUGAAGUAGUUUGUCAUGCAUUACCAAUGUGAACUUUAUUGACCUUGAAACAUUUUUUGAAUCAAAUAGCAACUAGUGAUACUUUAGUAAAAUCUUAAAUCAACAAUCAUCUCUUGGUAGCUCCAGCUUCAUAACAAAUGCAGGCAAAAUAGGGAAUCUACAGAGGAGACCUUUAUUAUUUGUAAAUGAAGCCUGCCAAAACCUGCCCAAAAUAGCAUUCAAAGACCCUUUUAAGGUCAUGGAUCCUGAACAAAGCCAGAAAAGCACAAAGAAGACGGAGGAAAGUCCCAGAAAGAGGCUUAGCAAAGGAGAGGCUUUCCAAUCCAGUAUUCUAUCUGCAUCUGGGUACCAGGGCAGCUCUGCCUCUUCACAAGCAACCCCUCUGUGUGAUAUUAUAUCGCAGCAGCACUUUUCUGGCUCCUUGCCGAUUCCAAGAGAGGAGUCUCAGGAGAAAACUGGACAUCAGAAGCAAGCCAAACAUUCCUCUUUUGAGCACUCUCCCCACGUUUCACAGCUUCAGCAGCAUCCGCUGUCACCAGCAUUUAUGUCUCCUGGAAAGCCAGAGCAGAUCCUUGAGGGGCCCACAUGGCAGCUAGUCGAUCCAGUAAGACCGGGUCCAUCUGGCUCCUUUUCAUCACCUGGGCUUCAUCCUCAUCACAGCCAGCUCAUACCUUCCCAUUCAUCAGUCCUGCCUGCGGAGGACGUGUCAUCUGUUCAAAAAGUCUAUAUCCCUCGACCUUCCCAGGUUUCCUUAAAACAAACAGAGGAAGUGCACAAGAAGGAGAAGAAACCUCAGAAGCCAGGCAAAUACAUUUGUCAGUACUGCAGUAGGCCCUGUGCAAAGCCAAGCGUACUCCAGAAACAUAUCAGAUCACACACAGGUGAGCGGCCGUACCCUUGCAUUCCAUGUGGCUUUUCUUUUAAGACUAAAAGCAAUUUGUAUAAACACAGGAAAUCUCAUGCUCACAGAAUAAAAGCGGGGUUGGCCUCAGGAAUCGGAGCAGAGAUGUAUCCUUCCAGUUUGGAAAUGGAACGGAUCGGUGGGGAGGAAUUUGAAGAACCUACUGAAGGAGAAAGCACAGAUUCAGAAGAGGAGACAGGUGCAAUGUCGGGCCAUUCAUUAGAACUAUCACCCAGGCAAAAGCACACCCUGUUAUCCAGUAGUUUGCAUAGUGUAGGAAGCCAGGGUUCCAGCCAUGAUCGGUGUUCAUUAUCCCAUUCCAGUAUGUCUCAGUCUCUCGAGGACAGCUCGCAGUUUGUGGAGCCCUCAUCUGAUCAUGUUUCGAGCCAUAAACCAGAAGAUACACAUACUAUAAAGCAGAAGCUUGCACUCCGAUUAAGUGAACGGAAGAAGGUGAUAGAUGAACAGGCCUUCCUUAGCCCCGGCAGCAAAGGAAGUACAGAGUCGGGCUACUUCUCGCGAUCCGAAAGUGCAGAACAGCAAAUCAGCCCACCAAAUACGAAUGCAAAGUCUUAUGCAGAAAUUAUUUUUGGGAAAUGUGGGAGAAUUGGGCAGAGGACAGCAAUGUUAGCUGCAACCGCAACCCAGGGGUUUCCACACAUGUCCCCAGAAGAUAAACCUAGCAUGGUACCAUUGUCUGUGCCUAGAACACAAGUAAUUGAACACAUCACUAAACUAAUUACAAUUAAUGAAGCUGUGGUAGAUACCAGUGAAAUUGACAGUGUGAAACCUAGAAGGAGUUCUUUAUCUAGACGUAGCAGCAUUGAAUCUCCAAAGUCUGGCAUAUACAGAGAAUCAUUUCAGUAUGACAGCAAGUCUGGUUCCAGUAGCCAGUUGAAUGCAUCAAAAUCAUUGACAUCCCACAGUGAAAAAAGUAAGCCUGAACAAUCACCUCUGUUAUCACUUCAGCAACCCCACAGUGCCACAGAGACCGUGCCUCUCCUAAGAAGCCACUCAAUGCCUUCUGCUGCAUGCACUAUAAGCUCCCCUCAGACCUUCAGAGCUAGUUAUUCAUUUGAUGACCGCAUCAUGGAAUCUGACGUCUUAAGCCGCAGUCAAGUGUUUUCUUCGCACCCUCGAAUGCUAAAACGACAGCCAGCUAUUGAGCUACCUUUGGGGGUGGAAUAUGGGCCAGAGGAGGUAAGCUCAGUAAGCAAAGAAACCGUUUCCAAACCUACUGAAGAACAAGAAAUCAAGGAAAGUGAUCUGACCAGAAAGUCAAGGAAGGGUCCGAAAGUUAAAGGCUUCAUCUAUGAGUGUAAUAUUUGUGGUGCUCGGUACAAGAAAAGGGAUAAUUAUGAAGCGCAUAAGAAAUAUUACUGUUCAGAACUGCAGCUCUCAAAGCCUCGUUCUUCCAGUUCCCAUUCCUCUUCAGAAGUCGAGAAGAGUCUUGUGGACCCUGAGUCAUGGCCGCAGAUGAUGCAUUACAAGCUAGGGACCAGUUUAGAGCUUACUCCACUCCGAAAAAGACGAAAAGAAAAGAGCCUUGGUGACGAUGAGGACCCUCCGGCUUUUGAGUUGCCUGAAAUGCCCGCCUCCAGCAUGAGACCUGGAAGUCAGUUCGCUAACCCACCAUCAUCAGAGGUUGCUUUGAACUUACCCCGUGAGUCCAUUAAGUCAUCAGCUGAUCCAGGCAAAGCCAUUCCGCUCACUGAAGUUAGUGCUAGUGCUGGCUUUCACUCCAGAACGACAAAGUCCGUUUCUAGCGCAGAGAGCAAAGAGAGAAGAAAAACCUCCAAAGAGAUCUCUGUCAUCCAGCAUACGAGUUCCUUCGAGAAGGCUGACUCUGUUGAGCAGCUGAGUGGCUUAGAAGCAGAAGAAAAGCCUUUAUCGCAGUAUUCAUCUCAGCCCACCGUGCAGCACAGUAGGCCACCUCAUUCCCUGCAGCCAAAGCUGGUACGUCAACCCAACAUCCAGGUCCCGGAGAUCCUGGUCACCGAAGAGCCCGAUCGACCUGAAACAGAGCCUGAGCCACCUCCUAAAGAGCCAGAAAAAACAGAGGAAUUUCAAUGGCCUCAGAGAAGCCAAACUCUCUCCCAGCUCCCUGCGGAGAAACUCCCACCCAAAAAGAAAAGGCUGCGGCUGGCGGAACUGACUCAGUCUUCUGGAGAGUCCAGUUUUGAGUCCGUCUCGCUGACAAGAAGUCCAAGUCAGGAAAGCAGUAUUUCUCAUGGCUCCUGCCACUCCAUUUCGUUCGACCGUGAAGAGUACAGUAAAGCAGAGUCUGUCAGCCAGCCCUCCGAAUUCCACCCUAAACCUCUUGGCAUUGGCUCCCACAUGUUAACGGUACCAAGCCACCAUCAUCAUUCCAGGGAAAUGCGAAGAUCUGCCUCCGAGCAGACCCCGAACGUGUCUCAUCCUUCGCAGAUGUCAGAGCCCCGCAGUAAAUCGUUUGACUAUGGGAGCUUGUCACCAGCUUCUGCAGCACCUGGCCCUUUGGUUUCUGCCACUCCACGGGAGAGGAGGAAGUGCUUUCUGGUUAGGCAAGCGUCCCUCACUCGGCAUCCCGAGCAUGAGGCAGAUUCAGCCCCAAAAGGAAAGCAAGAGACAGAAGAACUAUUGACUUCUUCCAGUAAAUCUGCCACCAGUUUGCCCCAUCAGCCUACAUCUUCAUCGUCCUCCUCCUCCCAUGCUGAUAAGAGUCAGCCAAAAGACAGCCCUCCUCCUGUCUACAGCCAGCCAUACACGGAGGCUCUGCAGGUUUUUCAUCACCCCGUUCCACAGCUAGCGCUGCAUGAAAAACAGCGUAUGUCUCCCCAAGUCUCUCUCUUCCCUUUCCAGCACCUCCUGCCACAGCCAGGGCAGGCUGCAGAGCUCUUCUCCACUCCUGUGAUGUCCGACAUCCUCUCUGCUCCAUUUCCUGUGCCGCCCUCUCUGUUUCAGACACCGCCACUUCCUCUCCACCAGGCUCUUCUCCACCCCGGCCAGCUUCACGUUGUCCCUCCACUAAUGCCACACCCAGCAGAAGUGCCAUUUGGGCAGCACCCUUCCUUCCUGCCUGUCCACUACCCAGGCUCCUCUCCACUCCCGUCUACGUUUUUUCUACCUCUGCAGCCUCCAUUUGCUCUCCAGUUGCCAAGGGAGAUUGGUGGCCAUUUAUCGCAGAUCAAAUCCAGUGUGUCUCCACCAGCAGGGACCUCCAGCCUUCCUCCGUGCACAGAGUACAGCUCCGACACCAGGCUACAUCCUUUGACCCGCACAACCAGCCCGUCAGCCCCAGACUCCACCUCCCAGUUGGGGGUUCCGACAUGUCCGGAUCCUAUGGUAUCACUUGUAGUCCCCGUUCGCAUUCAGACUAACAUGCCAACCUACGGGAGUGCAAUGUAUACUACGCUUUCUCAAAUCCUAGUCACUCAGUCCCAGGGCAGUCCGUCUUCUAUUCUCCUUCCAAAGUUCGAUGACUGCCAGCCCAAGGGUGCCCUGGUGUGCAGCUCUGAUGUUCAUGGAAUAGGCUUCGAUUUGGCACAGAUGAUCACAGAAGAUCAAAGAAGCCUCUUCCAGACUCCGUAUCUGAGAGUUCCGUUACCCUUACCAGAAAGCAAGGGCUAUAUGCCACUCACCUGCUCAUCAGAAAGCAUCCUGGGACUGGAAGGGGGCUCGUCGACAGUGGGUGGAAGCAAGCGGAUGCUCUCACCAGCUGGUAGCUUGGAGCUGACGAUGGAAACGCAGCAGCAGAAAAGGGUGAAAGAGGAGGAAGUCUCUGAAGUGGAGGAAAAGUUAGAAGUGGUGAAGCCACACAGUGCAAUCGAGGAGGGGAAAAAGCAGGAGAAAUCUCACUUUCUAGCAGAGAGACAAGGCCGGGUUGAGGUUGAAACUCCACCUACUUUGUCCUCUGAGCAAUCUGAGCCAAAGGAAAUCCCAAGUAGUAUGCCACCAGGUGCACAUUCGGGUGCUUCGGCUUUUGAGGCACUGGAGGACUACGCACCACAGGCGGGCAAGCAGUACCGAAGCAAAACCCCUUUAGUAAAGAAGGAAGACUCCAAAGAGCUGGUGGAGCAACCCCUACCCAGCCCCCCGAGCCCAGUACCUCAUUCCGAGGUCACUCAAAGUGCAAUGAAGUCUCGAGAAGGUACAGAUCUGAAGAAGGUACUUCAGUUCCCCAGUCUCCACACAACUACUAAUGUCAGUUGGUGCUAUUUAAACUACAUAAAGCCAAAUCACAUCCAGCAAGUCGACCGACGGUCCUCGGUGUAUGCCAGCUGGUGCAUUAGCUUGUAUAAUCCCAACCUGCCGGGUAUAUCCACUAAAGCAGCCCUCUCACUCCUGAGAUCCAAGCAGAAGGUGAGCAAAGAAAUCUAUACCAUGGCUACAGCUCCACGUCCAGAGACAGGCAAGCUUGUGCCGUCCGGCUCCAGGAAGCCCAAAAUGACAGAGGUUCAUUUGCCUUCACUCCUUUCCAAUGAAGGUCGAAAAGAUUUAACUAGAGCUGAGAAGGAAGAGGAUAAAAGAGGCAAAUCAGAAGAAGAGGCUCCCGUAUCCAAAAGAGGGGAGCCAGCCAGGAUCAAGAUCUUUGAAGGGGGGUACAAAUCAAACGAAGAGUAUGUGUAUGUGCGAGGCCGCGGAAGAGGGAAGUAUGUAUGUGAGGAAUGUGGAAUUCGCUGCAAGAAACCCAGCAUGCUGAAGAAACACAUUCGCACGCACACAGACGUCAGGCCAUACGUCUGCAAGUACUGUAACUUUGCAUUUAAAACCAAAGGGAAUCUGACUAAACAUAUGAAGUCAAAGGCCCACAGCAAAAAAUGUCAGGAGAUGGGCGUGUUGGUGUCUUCACUGGUGGAGUUGGAAGCCGAAGAAGGAACCAGUGAAGACGUAUUCCAAGAUUCCGAAGGGAGGGAGGGAUCCGAGCCAAUUGAGGAGCACCAGUUUUCAGACUUAGAGGAAUCUGAUGACGAUGAUGACAAUGAAGAUGAUGAAGAUGAGGAGGAAGAGGAGAGCCAAGAUGAGCCACCUGUAAAGUUUUCAGAAACAAAACAAACCUCCCUUCCAAUGCACCCUUUGGGCAGCUCGCCAUCUGCUCCAGAGGAAUGCACCGGGGCAGCAUUGUCUUUAACACAAGAUACUGUCUCCAGCAACCAGCAAGUAGGCAGGGGCCACCGGCCCACCUCCUCAGGGCUGGAAACACAGUGGUCAGCAGACAGUAGCGAAGUUGCUGUUUGCCACAGCUUCUUAAGUCUCCAUAGGCCACCUUUGACCUCCAGUGAAUAUUUGGCUUCUGCUGAAAGGGAAACUGCUACAAAGCAUCAGAUGUUCUUAGCUAUGGACCUGUCAACCUCACAAGACACCUCCCCAAGAAGGAAGUGGUCUCCAGGCAAGGACUCUGGUGGUGGGAGUGGCAGUGGCAGGCCAGUGCUAGCUAGAAAGCACUUACUAACCAAAAACGAAACUUCACCGAAACGUUUCUCGCCAACCGGAGAAAUGUCUUCGCUGAGGUGCCUGUCUCCAGGGAGAGGGAUGUCACCGUCUCGGCGCCUAUCACCAAGAAGGGAGUCCUCUCCGCUGAGAUGUGUGUCACCAAGACUUGAGCUGUCCCCCGGCAGGCACCCUUCCCCACGAAGAGAGAUAUCCCCGAGAAUGCAUCUCCCACCAGAGCGAGGGGCCUCCCCGGUGAGGCAUGUGUCUCCCAGCAGAGAGAUGUCAUCAGUCAGAUAUUUAUCACUGAAGAAAAUGUUGCCUCCAGGCUGUUCAGAGUCACUCUCUAGAUAUCCAUCCCCAGGGAAGGAGGACUUGCCUUGUAGUAGCAAAUCAGCUGCAGAUGAACAAGGUCAAAGCUCAUUAAAAGUCCAGCAUGGAAUAUUAGCUUCAAUGCCUCUACCUCACAGGUUCCUUGGCAAAAGUGCAGAGCUAUAUGAGGCCAAGUUGAAGAUAGAACCUCGAAGCCCAGCAUGUUCGCCUGGCACCACGCAGCCUGUCUGCUCCAGACCCUUGCAAGCGCCCCAUGAACUACAUGCCCAUGCUCCGAGCCGAGGGGAAGAGAAUGUCUUCAGCCAUCUCCCGUUGCAUUCACAGCAGCUAACGAGGACUCCGUACCCGAUGAUUCCAAUUGGGGGCAUCCAAAUGGUCCAGGCCAGGCCAAGCACCCAUCCCAGUUUGGUGCCCAGUUCAGUUGUGUCCCUACAAGCAGGAUAUUUUGCACCUGGUGGCAGCUGCAGCAGUAGCUUUACAGAAUUCAGCCAGGCUGAGCAAAGAGGCCAGGAACUGCCGGUCCCACCAGAAUCUUCAUCUGUCUCCCCAGCUGCAAAGGUUUCUAAAUACACCCGGUCCCCACAGCGUAAAGGCAGCAGCUACUUAGAAGAGAAAAUGAGGACUAGUGAACAUCAGCAAAAGACGGACCAGGAGGAAUACAGGGUAAAAAAGUACACUGAGCCCAGCUGCUCAGAGCAGGAAGGCUGCUCAGCUCCCAGCGACUGUCCGAGCACAAAUUAUGAGCACUCUCCAAAGCCUUCAACAAGCGGGGAAGAACCCUUGAAAAAAACGAGCAAGAAGCAAUGUGGCAGCUCAAGCACUUACUUUGAAUCAUCCUGCACUUUCAUCUCAGAUUUCCCCGCACAGACACUAGACAGGAGCAGCAGCACCGGCUGCUUGUCGGAGCCCUCACUGAGCCAUUCACACCCCCACCAGUUCUCCAUCAGGAGGAGGAACCUCUCGGGAGAGCCAAGUCAUCAAGGGGGAACCGGUUCAGUCAAACUCCAAGGCAGGUGGAUGAGAAUACAGGAAGUACUUAAGCCUCCAUUCAUCUGUUCCACCUCUAGGCUUCCUAUGUAA